AUGUCUAGCACCAUGACCACUACUUUCAAAGACCUGUCGGACCAGGCCAUGACGCUCAUCGCCUUAAUGUCUGAAAAGAUAAAAGUUGUGCGAGCAGCUUCUCGCACAGCUUCUGAGGAAGAAGUCAGCGAACUGGUUGACCACCUCGAGACACUCACCGAUUACAUGACUGGGAUGGAUGAACAGGUGGGUGGCCCAGACCAACAGCGAAUGCUAAUGGCUGUGGCCAAGCCGGCUACUGAAGUCAGCAGCAUUCACGGUGUUGUUCGCGACAACCCAUUGGUACACCGUAUUCAUCAGACCGAUUUAUAUCCGGGUAAGGCUGAGAUGCGAUUUCCCUUGCUAAGGCUUAAGCCCACCAUCUCUCUAGUCUCAAACACUACUGGUAUUCUGAAACUCAUCGCCAACAUGGCUACCAACGCCCCAGGAGUUAUGCCACUCGUCAGCAUCUCAUACAGCAAGGUACAGAAAGUCCACCAAGCUCAGUCGCGAAUUCUGAACUGCUACCUUGACCUUACCAACGUUGUUCUUGAAACCUCCAGGCCGCUUGCCCACAGAUAUCCAUCACAGAAUGAGAUUGAUGAACUUCUAGGCGACCUGAGAAGUGUCAUGUACUUUUUAUUUGACAUGGAACAUCGUUUCUACUCUGGCCAUGAGAACGAGCGGAAUUUGUUGCAGCCAUUGGGGGAGGUGACAACAGUCUUGGAGAAACAGUUAUAUUGUAUUCAGUUGGCUAUCAACAAGCUUGAUCCUUAUCGAGGAUCUAAGGAUAUCUUCGGCAUGUAUUGUGGUGUUCUCGUUGAUGAGAAUUUGGCCAGAACUGAACAAGAGGGUGGGACAGGCAGGAUUGAGGAUCAGAUGAAGGAAAUGGGAAUCUAG